CUUGUUGAUCAUUACAUCUCUUGUAAUAUUUUUUUGUUGCCAAUAUUGAUAGUUGUUAGUGCAAAACACCUAUUUAUAAGAAUAUAUGAAAUAUUCAUCAUAAUAAAACUAUUAUAUCAGUAGUACAUAUUAUGUACGUCGUGAAGCAUACAUUCGAUCGUCAGAGUACUGCGCUACGCCGUUUCUUGGUAGUAAAGUGAGAGCCUGACGUAUUAGUUAUUUUAGUUAGUUUGCAGUUCACAUCAAGACUUCACACGGGCUGGUUGUAACGAUUUUUCGUACCGUUAUUAUACUAGUGAACAUUUUUUUACAAUUAAAAUUCUUUAUUAAAGAAUUAAUUUCUCAUCAAGAAAUUCAAACAUUAUUUUGAUAAUUUCAUUUUUGUGCUGUUUUGAUUAUUUUUUUCUAAACAAUUCAAUCAAAUAAAUAAUAAAACACAAAGUUGACAGUAUUAAAAUGUUCUUCAAUGAAGAGUGAGUUUUUAAAUUAUAAAACGAAGAUAUAAUAAAUAAUAAAGUUAACAUAAAGCCGCUAAAAUGACGAGCGGCUUACAUCAAGCAUCGCACGCCCUACCAUCACGGUCUUCAUUGAGCUGUUGUCAAGGAUUAGAUAAUUGUGGGAGUAUCAAUGAUGUAAAUCAAGUAUCUGCUAUAUCAGGAAAUAAUAAUUACAUUGAAAAAUCUAAACACGCCUUUCCGAAGCGACCUGAAGUCGAUUUAGCAUUCAACAAUAUUCGAUAUAGCGUUAAAUCAUGGAAUUAUAAAAAAUUUCUUCCAGAAGUCAAAGAAAUUCUUCAUGGUGUCAGUGGAGAAUUUCGAGCUGGUGAGCUCACAGCAAUUAUGGGUCCAUCAGGAGCCGGUAAAUCAACUCUGUUAAAUGUCCUCGCAGGAUUUACUGUCCAAGGAAUGACAGGCCAAGUCCUUGUAAAUGGCAAAGAAAGAAUGCCAUACAGUGAAAGAUGGAAGAGAACGUCAACUUACAUUCAUCAAGAUUCUUUGCCAAGAGCUAAAUUAACUGUUGGUGAAGCUAUGACUCUAGCAGCAAAUCUGAAGCUCGGAUAUACGAUAAGUUCAACAUUCAAGCAUACUCAGGUCUUAGAACUAUUGGAGAUGUUGGGACUGAGUCAUUGUUACGACACUCUUUGUGGUCGUUUAUCAGGUGGACAAAAGAAAAGAUUGGACGUUGCAUUCGAGCUCUUGAGCAAUCCUUCAGUAUUAUUCCUUGAUGAACCCACUACAGGUCUUGAUUCUGCGUCAUGUAGCUCGUGUAUUGCAUUACUGCAGCGUUUAGCAAGAACAGAAAAACGUACUGUGGUUUGUACAAUUCACCAACCAUCAGCUUUAUUGUUCGAAAUGUUUGACUCAUUGUAUGCUGUCGCAAAUGGUCAGUGUAUAUAUCGUGGACCUAUAGCAUCAUUCUUGCCACAUUUGACCUCUGUUGGUGUCAGUUGUCCAGCUUACCACAAUCCCGCAGACUUUUUGAUUGAGGUUGCAAUAGGAGACUACGGAAUAACUGUUGAUAAAUUAGCUAUUGCGGCCGAAAAAAUGUGGGAUGACCGCAAAGUAUCAUCAACUCGUAAAACACCAUCAGACUCAGUAAGCGUUAAGGAACCACCGCCACCAGCAGGAUUUCUCGCUCAAUGUUAUCUACUAUACAAGAGACAAUUAAUGUGUCUAAAGAGAGAUUACUCUCUCAUGAUGACCCGUCUUUUCUGUCAUUUGAUGAUUGGUAUAAUAUUUGGUUAUCUCUACAUGGGCAGUGGAUAUCGCGCCAAUGGAGUUCUUGCCAAUUAUGUUUAUCUCUAUGGCUCAUUAUUACUUAUUGUUUAUACUGGAAAAAUGGCUGUCACCCUUGCGUUUCCGACAGAAAUGCAAAUUCUUACGAGAGAACAUUUUAAUCGAUGGUAUCGACUGGCACCUUACUACAUCAGUUUAUUAUUGGUCGAAAUUCCAUUCCAAGCAGCAUGUGCCAGUACAUAUUUAGUGGUCAGUUACUGGUUAACUGGUCAACCUAUUGAAACCCAUAGAAUUCUUCUGUUUAUGGUUGUCAGCAUUGCUGCAAGUUUGACAGCACAGGCUUGGGGAUUCUUUAUUGGUGCUACAACACCGGUGAAGAUUGCAGUAUUUGCGGGUCCCGUUAUUGCCGUUCUCUUUUCAAUCUUUGGCUUUUGCAUUCGCUACAUGGAUACUCCAGUUCAUUUCCGUUGGAUAUUUCAUAUUUCUUAUUUUAGAGCUGGAUUCCACAGCUUAAUAUAUGCAAUGUAUGGUUUCAAUCGAAUUGAUCUCAAGUGUGAUGAUAUUUAUUGCCACUAUAAGAAACCCACAAAAUUCUUGAAUGAAAUGGAAAUUAGUGAUACCAAUGUUAUGAAUAAUUUAGUUUUAAUCGUUGGUAUUGGCGUUUUGAUGCACUUGCUUACAGCGAGUGCACUAUGGUGUAAAUUAAACAGACGAUGAAGAAUAAGAUGGGAUGAGAAAAUAUUUUUAUAAGAAAACAUAAAAUCAAGAUAAUAUAUGGUUCCUCAGUAUUUUUCUAAUAAGGAUUUAAUGGUAUAUAUAAUUGAUUGGUUAUUCAUUUUAGUUAAUGUUCAAUAACAUCUAAAAUUUAUAAUAUCUUUAUCUUGCCGUAGAUACGUUGAUAUUUUUCAUUUAUUUUUAAGAGAGAAAAGUUUUAUUAAUAAAGAUAAAAACUUUUAUAGAUUUUAAAUAAAUUCGUUUAAAACUCUAUUUGAAUGAGUUGAUUGUUUAAAAUAAAAACAAAUAUAAAAUAAAAUUUAUAACAUCUUUUCUAUUGUAAUUUAACAGGGUUAAUAUACGUUUAUCAAUAAUUGAAUUAAUUACUGAACUAGUCGAGAUUACUUAUAAACUAAAACAAAAUACCUAACUAUCUCAUAAAAACCAUAUUUUAGACAAAAUAAAAACGAAUAAAUUAAUUUUUUUCACCCAUUCAUUCAAAGGGCUAAAGCUGAUGAAUGAAAAGUAAAAUAAGCGUAUGAAUUGUAAUGAUAGUAAUAUACAAUAAAAAAAUGUCUUCAUAAAUAA